GGUGCUCUAGAAAUAACCUCUAGCCUUCAAAGUCCCAGUUAGCCAGAGGUUUAACAGAAGACAGACAACCUGCAACAGUCAAGAGAUGAAGUCUUUGGAGAAAUUCUGAAGCACAGGAUUAGGAACUGAUACAUUUUUUUCUUAAAUACAAUAAGAGAAAAGUAAACGACAAUGGCGACACAAGUUUCCAGCUCACGACCGCAAAGAAGCACCAUAGGAUCAGAGGAGUACACUCUGUACAGCAGUAUGAGUGAAGAGGAACUCAUUCAAAUGGCAAUUGAACAAAGCCUGAUGGAUAAUUACCCUAGUCAAGCAAAUGCCCACAGUCAUCAAAAGUUAGCAGCCAAUGUCAAUACAGAAGCGGCAUCUGCUGGCAGAGUCAGUCGGCCAUCAUUCCCUAAACAACAACAAACUCAGGCGGGCAACAGAUCCUCACAGGCUACUGCUACCCAGCCACCUACCUCUCAAGCAAACUGUGUACUCAGCAAGAGAUAUGACGGCAGCUACUAUGCCACCUCCCAGAAUGUUGACAGGUCCCCUGUUGCACUGGCAAUCAUAAAUACAGAUGAGGAGUCCAUUACCAAUUUGAUCAAGGCUGGAAACAAUUUAAGUGAACCUGACAAGGAUGGAUGGCUACCACUGCAUGAGGCUGCAUAUUAUGGCGGUUUGACAUGUUUAAAGAUUUUAUUGAAAGCGUAUCCUGCGAGCAUCGACCAGCGCACCCUACAAGAGGAGACGGCUCUAUACAUGGCCACAGUUAGGGGAAACUUGGAGUGUUUACAGUUCCUGCUGCAGUCGGGCGCAGAACCUGACAUUGCCAAUAAAGCAAGAGAGACUCCGCUAUACAAAGCCAGUGAACGGAAAAACGCAGCAGCAGCAAAGUUACUGGUUGAUUACCGAGCUGAUGUUAAUCACCGCUGCAACCGUGGGUGGACAGCUUUGCAUGAGUCUGUAUCAAGGAAUGAUCUUGAUAUAAUUGAUAUUCUGGUGAAAGGAGGAGCAAAGAUUGAAGCAAAGAACUGCUAUGAUAUUACGCCUCUGUUUGUAGCGUCGCAGAGCGGUCAGCUUGACGCUUUGCGGUACCUUGUUAAAUGUGGAGCUGAUAUUAAUACACAAGCAAGUGACAGUGCCACAGCUCUGUAUGAGGCCUGUAAAAAUGGACACAGUGACAUUGUUGAAUUCCUGCUGGAGCAGGGCGCAGAUGCCAAUAAGUCUAACAAGGAUGGACUAUUACCUAUACAUGUCGCGGCAAAGACACGAGAUAACGAUGAGUAGGUUUUGCUCAGUCCUCCC